CGAAGUGUGUAUACAGUCUAUGGUGUUUAUGCACGGCUUUAGAAACAGAAAACGUAAUAAAUAAAAAUAUAAAUAGAUGAAUACAUCAUUUUACAUUUUUACAACGAAUACUUUUUUGUUAGUGUAUACAACUCCCAUUGCUUUCCUGCAGAGACCUAUACUUGGAUUUAGUGAGUAUAGUUUGGAUAACUACUACUAGACAAGAUGGUCUUCCUUAGUCGCGCGCCCCCGUCUGUCACGCAGUGAAAGCGCGCUUCCCCCGUGUGUGUGUGUGUGUGUGUGUGUGUGUGAGAGAGAGAGAGAGAGAGAGAGCGCAAAUAAGGCUCAGCAGCGGCAGCAGCAUCAGCGCAUCUGCGCGUCUCCGGACUGCCUUGCAUCGCUCCAAUCAAUCCCUCAGCCCCGUUGCAGAUUGAGAUUUAAUAGUGGCUUUGGAUCUUAACGAGCCUUCUCUAUCCUCGUCGACAGCUCGGCGUCUGCCUCCGUUGGCUUGACUACCGGUUCCGUUUAUAUCUACCCAGUUUCUUGAAAUUUUUAUGGAAAAUGGCGAUGUUGGCUCAGUCCUCCAGUCUGCUCUGCCUUCUCUCCGUUCAAACUGUGCUGCUCCUCAGCCUGUCCUCACCGGGAACGGCGACGCUCCUCUUUCCUCAGCACUACACGAUGAUGCACUGGGCAGGUCGCAUAGAGAAGGAACUGGAGAAGGUGCUGCAGCUCGUCACUGGAGUCCAGCAAAUGAAAGGAAUUUAUAAUGAGAAGAGGAAUCAGUUUUCUGUGGAGCGAAAUACACCCAAGCAGCUGGUGGAGAAGGUGGCAGGAGACAUCGCCAAACUGCUCAACAGGAAACGCAAAGCUCUGGAGAGGUUGGCUAGAGAGGCUGAAGACAUCCAACGGGAGCAUCCAUGGCAAGACGGAAUCAAGGAAAAUGACAUCCAGUACUACGACUCCAAAGGCGACUCGGAUGGUCAGGAUGAUGAUGAUGGAGAAAACCUCUUGCAAAAUCCAAACUCUCUUUCUUUGGAGUUUGUGGAUGAUCCCAACUUCAAGAAUAAAGUCAACUACUCGUACACAGCCGUGCAGAUUCCUACUGACAUCUACAAAGGCUCUCCCACGAUCCUGAACGAGCUGAACUGGACUCAGUCUCUGGAGAGGAUCUUCAUUGAAAACAGUCGUGAGGAUCCUUCGCUGCGCUGGCAGGUGUUCGGCAGCGCCACUGGAGUCACCAGAUACUACCCCGCCACAAAGUGGAGAGCACCCAACAAGAUUGACCUGUACGAUGUGAGGAGACGCCCGUGGUACAUUCAGGGAGCUUCUUCCCCAAAGGACAUGGUCAUCAUCGUGGACGUGAGCGGCAGUGUCAGUGGACUGACCCUGAAGCUGAUGAAAACCUCUGUCAUCGAGAUGCUGGACACACUUUCUGAUGACGACUACGUAAAUGUGGCUCGGUUCAAUGAGAAAGCGUACGCCGUGGUGCCCUGCUUCACCACGCUGGUCCAAGCCAACAUAAAAAACAAGAAGAUCUUUAAAGAUGCUGUGAUGAACAUGCAAGCCAAGGGGACGACAGACUACAAGACCGGCUUUCAGUUUGCCUUUGACCAGCUGUUAAACGAGACCAGCGCUCCGAGAGCAUACUGCAAUAAGAUGAUAAUGAUGUUCACAGACGGUGGCGAGGAUCGCGCUCAGGACAUCUUUGAGAAGUACAACUGGCCAAACAAAACAGUGAGAGUUUUCACAUUCUCGGUGGGGCAGCACAACUAUGACGUCACUCCUUUGCAGUGGAUCGCCUGUGCCAACAAGGGUUACUACUUUGAGAUCCCUUCCAUCGGAGCCAUAAGAAUCAACACACAGGAGUAUUUGGAUGUUCUUGGACGGCCAAUGGUGCUGGCAGGUGAACGGGCGAAACAAGUGCAGUGGACCAAUGUUUACCAGGAUGCUCUGGGUCUGGGGCUCGUCAUUACCGGCACAAUGCCAGUCUUCAAUCUCACCACUGACGGAGACUCCAAAAAUCAGUUGAUUCUUGGUGUCAUGGGUGUAGACAUCGCCCUCAAUGAAAUUAAAGAACUCACACCACGGUAUAAGCUUGGAGCCAAUGGUUACACGUUUGCCAUAGAUCCCAAUGGCUAUGUGCUGCUGCACCCCAACCUACAGCCUAAGAUCAUUAACUUCAGAGAGCCGGUCACAUUGGACUUCUUGGAUGCUGAACUUCCAGACCGCAACAAGGAGGAGAUCCGCCGUCAAAUGAUUGAUGGCAGAGCAGGACAGAGGAGAAUCAAGACACUGGUGAAGUCAGUGGAUGAGCGUUACAUCGACGAGGUCCAGAGGACGUACAUAUGGAGUCCAGUGGAGGGUACAGAUUACAGUCUUGGUUUAGUUCUGCCGUCCUACAGUGAACUCCACAUCAAGGCCAACCUGAGUGACCAGAUCCUCCAGGUCCAGUACGGAUCAGUCUUCAAGGAUUUUGAGUCUCUCCUGCCAAACACUUUUGAGUCAGAGGGACAUGUGUUCAUUGCCCCCAGGGAAUACUGCAAAGACCUGGAGCUGUCCAACAACAACACAGAGUUCCUGCUCAACUUCAUCGCUCUGAUGGAGAAGGUCACGCCGGACUCCAAACAAUGCGACAAUUUCUUGUUGCAUAAUCUGAUCUUGGACACGGGCAUCAUUAAAGAGCUGGUAGAUAAAGUCUGGAAGAACAAGGACCUCAACACGUACGGCUUCAUAACAGUCUUUGCUGCCACAGAUGGAGGCGUCACUCGAGUUUUCCCUAAUAGGGCCUCUGAGACCUGGGAGGAGAAUCCAGAGCCGUUUAAUGCUAGUUAUUACCGCCGCAGUCUGGACAACAAGGGCUACAUCUUCAGAGCCCCCUACCGCACUGCCAAUGAUGACAUACUGAAUCCAGAGAACGACACCAUCGGUAUUCUGGUUAGCACCGCUGUGGACGUUUCCAUAGGAAGCAGAAACCUCAAACCUGCAGUUGUGGGUGUGAAGCUUGACCUUGAGGCUUGGACCGACAAAUUCAAGAUCCUGGCGAGCAACCACACCAACAGCAACCGACAGAGCUCUCAAACGUGUGGGCCAACCAGCGGCUGUGAAAUGGACUGCGAAGCCAACAGUGAUGACUUGCUUUGUUAUUUGAUAGAUGAUGGCGGCUUCCUCGUCAUGUCCAAUCAGAAAGACUACUUGAAUAAGAUCGGGAUGUUCUUCGGCGAGGUCGAUGCCACCCUGUUUUACGCCCUCUAUAACAACUCCUUCUACAAACGCAAGCAGUCUUACGACUAUCAGUCGGUGUGUGACCCGGUGCCCAGCAGCAACACCGGGGCCGCCCCACGAGGAGUGUUUGUGCCUACUAUUGCUGAUGUGUUAAAUGUUGCCUGGUGGACGUCAGCAGCUGCCUGGUCACUGCUGCAGCAGAUGCUGUAUGGAUUCGCCUAUCAGAGUUGGUUCAUGACAGAUGAGGUGGAUGCUGAAGGAAUGGAGUCUAGAGAGACCAGCUGUGUGACGGUACAGACACAGUUUUACUUCAGUAACAUCAGCAGCUCAUACAACAUACUGCAGGACUGUGACAACUGCUCCAGGUUAAUUCAUGCUAGGAGAAUAAACAACACUAACCUGCUGUUUGUGGUGGCUGAAAAACUGUCCUGCGACUCCUGUGAAAUAGAGAAACUGUCUCAGGUGGAGACAGAAUACAAAGAAACAAAUACAUGCGAGACAAUAGCCACUGCUCGGUAUAGAAAAGGAACCACGACCUGUUUCGACUACAGUGUUUUAGAGAACACAUCAGACUGUGGGCGGGGUCACUCCUUCCGCCCCUCCCUCCUCACUUUACUCCUCCUCCAGUUCCUCCUCCUGUGUGUUGUGGCCCGCCCCUCUGUUUAACUCAAUCCUCCUGUCCUCCUCUCCCUUCUUCUCGUCUCCUUAAUUCCGCUUUUCUCCUUUAUCUCCCCAUUGCUCUAGUCAUAGGUAAUAUAAAGGGACUUCCUCCUGCCCUUAUAUGGAAGCCCAGUCGUACUGCUUCAUCCACUUAGCUUCACAGGUUGUUGCUUAGUGACCGUUGCAGAACUUUAUCGUCUCCUGCCAAUCAAAUCAUUUGUGGAAGGAGCUAAAAGUGUCUUUGCGAAAACUGGAAGCUUGCGAUGUGGAAACCGACGGCCAUCUUGGUGUAAAAUGACCUGGACUGUUCCCUCCUGCCUUUGCGGUCAUGAGGGGGUUGGGUUUUGUUUGACUCCGCCUUUAAAUGGGAAAGGUCAUCCUCAUCAUCCUCAUCUUCAUCCUGUGACCCAAUGUCGCGAGGCUACAGGACAUUCUGACGCCGUCUAGCUUCCGGUAAUAAGAAAAUAACCAGAACUUUAAGUGAUUCUCAAAAAAGUAUCAAUAACAACAUGAGUAUUGAAAACAUACCUCCAUAUAUUAGGGUAUUUAAUGAAAGGCUAUUUACUCAGUUAUCUUUUGUUUAUUUAUGCACUAUAUCUACUUCUUGCCAAAAUGAGACUUGUUGUGUGGUCUAAUAUUUCUAGCCAAAUUAGGAGGUAAGAAAACCACAGAAAAAGAAAGUAGUGAAAUUAAAGAGGUAUUGCACCAUUCCUUCAUCCAUCACAAGGGCUUCAUAUAUUUCUUAUUCUAUUUAUAUCACAACACUGAUCCGAUUAGGUUAGGCUUUUUUUAUGUUUAUUAUUUGUAUCACAAGAUAAACUAUAUUGAUGCCUCGGUAAUAUAAUAAUAAUAUGUAUUAACGUGUUCAUUUUUAAAGGACUAGUUCACCCAAAAAUGACAAUUUUGUCCGAUUUAUUCAGCCUCAUGCCGUUCCAAACACGUUUGCUGUUAUUUUUUUACCAAAUUAGAAAUUUUUAAGAAUCAGGAUAGUGACCGUGAUUUCCAGCUCCAAACAAAAAACAUUUCAUAAAGUCUCAUAAAAGCAGUGAGCAUGAAGUUGUCUAAAGUCAUAUGAUAGUUUAGUGUUAUGAUCAGACCCAUAAGCUACUGUAUGGCUUCAACUUGGAAUAUUGCGCAUAAAGCAUAUGGAUUACUCUUAUUGAAUGGAAAACAUUAAGGUGAACUGUUCCUUUAAAUGAGAUGUGCUAACGAAGAGAUUUUUGAUGGAUUGAAAUGCAGUUUGAGUGUUUUUAGCAAGGAUAUGUGUUUGCAGUCUUUGUAAUUCUGUGCUGUACAGUUUUUCACAAUCUCAGAAUGUCAACCACAUUUUGCAUCACUUCACAACACAUGCUGUUUGUUUGCACCAUUAUUUGCACUAAUGGUCUGUGAAUAGCAACCAUGAUCCUAGUCAAAAUGAACAUUCAUGUAGAACAGAAAUGUUUUAUUUUUCAUAUGUAGGUUAGGCCCAAAACAUACUCAAUGCAAACAUUUCUAGAUAUAGGCUGGAUUAAAUGUUCAAUAAUGUGCCGAUACAAUUGAAGCAUUUGCGUCUGCUUGCAUACUUGUAUAGAGUAUGUUUCAGGCCUCAUUAUCUGUCAUGACAUUAUAUCAUAGGUUGAAAUGUUGAUAAUGCUAUGAAUCUUAAGCAAAAAUUCUUGUUUUGGACUCUGCAUCAACCUUCUUUUAGCUGUGCCUUGAUGCACUUUUAUAUUGGACAGCAUUGAGCUUCACUUUCAGGCAGUUUAGUGCAGUAAAAGUCUUUUAUGGGCCUUAAAACUCACAGGUUGUGUUAGACAUCGAAUACUAUAGUACUGCACAUUACAUUCCUCAUGUUAUUUAAAAAAUAUGCAUUAAUAUUCACAAAUUAACAUUUAAGUUUUACAACACAAGUUUUAUUCUGGUCACACACCAACUUUACAUUUGUCAAAAUAAGCAUUACAAUAAAUUGAUUACUAUAUUUACCAUGAUUAGUUGCGGCCUAUUAAGAAAAACUGUUAUUUUGCCUUUUUUUUUUUUUUUUUUUUUUUUUUUACCAAAGUUCGUUUAAAAAUGUCUGGUCAAAUAAUCAAGACAAGAGUGAAAUAGUUAAUAAGAUAAUCACAGUUGAUAUUGCUUCUGGUCAUUCAUCACACCGGAAAUGGCAGGUCAAGUUGAGUGCAUUGCAUUGUGGGAUACUGUAUCAAGUGUUCUACACUUCUGGAAAACCUGCAAACUGUGUGCAAUGUGCAUACAGCAGAAAUAGUAUGGUUAGUAUGCUAGUAUGCUAUUCCGGACACAGCUCGUGCCUCCAAACAUCAUCACCUGAUUGAUUUAAGGGAAUGCAAUUAAUAUGUUUUUUUUUUUUUUUUAGAGUAUUUUUGAGCCGCAGUGUUUACCAUAACCUUCAGCUUCAUCCCUGCAAUGUACCCAAACUUGACAAGCACCUUUAUUUUGUCAGUAAACGGGGCUAAAUCUUAACCUUGCUGGCUGAUUCUCAGUUGUAUUUUAGUGGCCAUCACUUUCAUUGCUCCUUUAAACAUUUCAAGUUCAGUAGCAAGAGGUUUAAAGAUGGCUCAUCGGUUUUAGGAUCAUCUUUGUUAGAGCUUUUCAUGCAUUCAAUGGAGGCGGUUCCUUACAUAAAUAUGGCGAUGGCUUUACUGCUGUAGUUUAUAUAAAAUGAGAGGUUUGCUGUUGGUUGAGGAAGUGAAUCUGUGUUUGCCGUUAUGUGACAUAACUGUGGAAAUGGAUAAUUUUAUGAGAAGUAUUUUGAGAGUAUUGUCAGUUGUUUGUGUUGAAGGAAUGAUCUGUGUCAAACGAAUGUUACAUAUCUGUCUCUUGGCAGAAUCUGUUAAACGCCUGUUUUAGUCGCCUGUGCAAUUUUAAAAGACAGCACUUAACAUGUUAAACAUUCCCUCUCUCUGUCUAUUUUAAGUUAGUUCACCCAAAAUGUAUCAUUUAUUCACCCUCAUGUCAUUUGGAAAGGACAUCUCCAUUUGUUUUAUGAAUGAAAGAAACUUAUAUAUGCCAUAAGGGUGAGAAAAUUUGAAUUCAGCUUGGGUGAUCUAUUAUUUCUUUUCUGAUUUUCUUGUCUGUCAGGAUGUCAUGAAUUUUUUAACACACCUUAUUUGAGAGGUGAAAAUGCAUGUGUGAUGCUAGUGGACAUGAUUCUUACGUCACUUAGUUUGUGUGUCAUCCACCUUCAGAACUAAAUGGUUAAAGAGAAAAUGAGGUAUAUAUGUUAAGCUUGAUUCAGUGGACUGUACAUAUCACUAAUAUCCUGACACUGUCACAUCUGACUCCUGUUUAUAAUUCACAUUCUGACUCGAUUUAUGAAUCCAUUUACAGUUUGAAUAUAUAUUUUAGACCCCAUUGAGUCCUAGAAAUGAAAAGAAAAAAAAACAUUUCUGAAAUACAAGUGCAAUGACAUAUGUGGCACUGUUAAAAGAAAAAGAAAGUUUGAAAAAGACGGUUUAAGUUUCAGUAUGAUGUGCAAAGUUUAAGGGAUAGUUCACCUGUAAUUAAUAAUGUAUCAUUUAUUCAAAAUUAAAAUAUAGCUACCAGAGGCUUUCAAGGUCCGAAAAGGACAUAAUUCUCUCUAAAAAUAUAUAUAUAUCAUAGAGGCUGUACAUAUUUGUUGUGCACUAUAUUACAAAUUACUGAGAAGAAUUUAAGUUAUUCAGUUUUAGCAAGGAUAUGUGUUUGCAGUCUUUAAAAAAAUUUAAAUAAUCCUCUCAAAUUAGAUUUUGGGUGCAUUCAAAUGGUUUGGACUGAUUUGAGAGUAAGUAAAUAAUGGGUGAACAAUCCCUCUAACUCACAAUUUUUAUGUUGAAACAUGUUAAACGGCUAAUGUGUACCUCUUUCUUUGCCUGAUUAUGGAAACAAUCUGCUAUUUCCUUUCAUAUCAGGGCAAAGAGUGCUCAGAAAGGUGGAAAUAUGCCUUUUUCUUUAUUCUGGUGAGUUGUUUUAAAAUUUGCCACACUUUUUUUAAUUCCUGUAUUUCAUUUUUGGGGGGAAAGUGUGUAAUUGUUUUAAAACUGGAACACUGUCGAUGUACAGGGGCACUGAACUGCCCCUGUACUGAAUUAGGGAAACACAUUUUGGCAAGACACUGCGAUUAAAUGAUCAUGAAUGUGUCGGUCUUGUGUCACAAUUCCAAGUACACUGUGGAACAAAAGUCGUUGUUUUUAAGUGGUCUGAAAGAUUUGCUUUUGCCAAAAAAAAAAAAAAGAGAGAGAGAAAAAUAGUAUUUAAAAAGAAAAGCUAAAAGAGGAAGCAGCUUACUCAAGGGGAGGGGCCUGAUGCAUAACACGCCCACUGGGAGGAGUCAUUAGCUCAGACCCUCCCCUGGCCCCUCCCCCUCCAAAGCAACAUCAUUGUAGGGGCGUUUCCAUCAGCGAGACGUGUGUAUGUGAUUAUGUAGUCUUUAGUCUGGUGCUCUGUGACAAAUGUGUACAAAAAAUAUAUAUUAAAAAAACAUACAAAGGAGAAACUAAAGUGAGGUUUUCAAAUGUUUUAACACUUAAAAAAAUAGAAACACAGUACUGCUGAUAAUAAUCAUGAGUUAAGGUCUGAAAUCAUGGUGAGCGCUUUUCUUCGUUCGUUUAUUGGAUUGUGUGUUGGGGGCUCAGUGCCUCGUCUCUGGGUCCAUGUUGCUUUAUUUUUUUGUACAGACAACAAAAAAAGACAUGGGAAAAUUUGUAAAAUAUUGUGUCUGUGACUCCUUGUAAAAUAUUUUCGAAUUGUUUAUUACAGAGAAUCAGUUAUUAAAUAAUGUUCAUAUUUUUCA